AGUCUGAGGCUCUCUGCAGUCUGCACUCAGAGAAACUAAGGCUGUUCUGUCUGGACCAUCAGCAGCCGGUGUGUCUCCUCUGUCGAGAUUCAAGAACACACACCAACCACAGAUUCAGAAAUCCUCAUGAAAUCCCUGAAGCCCUUACAGGAGAAACUGGAGACCUUUAAUCAAACUAAAGUGAACUGGGAUCAAACAGCAGAACACAUUAAGGAGCAGACUCUACACACUGAGAUGCAGAUUGAGUUUAAGAAGCUUCACCAGACUGAGUUUAAGAAGCUUCACCAGUUUCUAGAAGAAGAAGAGAAGGCCAGGAUCACUGCACUGAGGAAGGAAGAGGAACAGAAGAGUUCCAUGUUGAAGCAGAGGAUCGUAGCUCUGAACAGAGAGAUAGCAGCUCUUUCAGACACUGUCAGGGCCACAGAGACAGAGCUGAGAGCUGGAAGUGUCUCAUUCCUGCAGAACUACAAGGCUGCAGUGAAAAGAGUCCAGCAGCGCCCCCUGCUGGAUGAUCCACAGCUGCCCUCAGGAGCUCUGAUAGAUGUGGCAAAACACCUGGGCAACCUGACCUUCAACAUCUGGAACAAAAUGAAGGAGAUGGUUACAUAUUCUCCUGUGAUUCUGGAUCCAAACACUGCAGCAUCCCACCUCUUUGUUUCUGAAGAUCUGAAAAGUGUGAGAUACCAACAGAGAGAGAGACAGUUUCCAAAAAACCCAGAAAGAUUUGAAUACUAUAUCACAGUCAUGGCAUCUGAGGGCUUUGACUCUGGGACUCACAGCUGGGAUGUUGAAGUUAAAAAUCAGGCAAACUGGGCAGUGGGUGUGACAAAAGAAUCUUUCUCACGGAAGGCUGAGGUGUAG